UUUCGCUCGUCGAGUAAUAACGUUCAUUAGCUCAUUUAGUAAUAUAGUGUUUAUUUAGUUAAGUUAAAAUGUUUUUAUCACAUUACAGAAUGGUAGAGGGUCAACCCCUACAAUAUUACAACCCCUACGUUGUAGAAGAUACCGAUCAGUAUUCAUAUUUUCAAAGAUUUAGUCCUUUCACCACGAUGUCUGAGCUUUCGGAUGAAACUUUGCCACCUGCUUCACCAGCCAGUACACAGAGCGACAGUGAAAACUCUGUGUCAAGUGUCGAAAUUCCCCACAAGGAACUACGUCUCUCCAGUCAUAUAAUAAAAUCCUCACAACUGUCAACUGAUGUGCAGUGCCAAUGGAGGUCUUGCGGAAUCAUGUUUUCAUCUUUGGACCAACUGGCAUCUCACGUCUCAAAAGUUCACUCUGCCAGUGGGUUGGGGGGAUUGUUCUACUGUGGAUGGGAAGGAUGCGUUAGGAACAAUAAAGGAUUUAAUGCAAGAUAUAAGAUGCUCGUUCACGUCCGCACUCACACAAACGAAAAGCCCCACAAGUGUUUCCAGUGCGACAAAUCCUUCUCCAGAGCGGAAAACCUGAAAAUCCAUUCACGGUCGCAUAGCGGAGAGAAGCCUUACGUGUGUCCAGUACCAGGAUGUAACAAAGCCUACUCGAAUUCCAGUGACAGAUUCAAGCAUACGAGGACUCAUCAGGUGGAUAAGCCAUACCAGUGCAAAAUCCCCGGUUGUCCAAAGCGAUAUACGGAUCCAAGUAGUUUAAGAAAGCACGUUAAAACGUAUAAACAUUUCGUUAAUGAAAACCAAAAAACUGAAAAUAAAAAGACUGUAGAACAAAUGGUAAAUGAAAAUAGGGUAGAGGACAGACUGCCCAAUCUGGAACCAAUGUUUCGAGAGAAUGUUAUCAGGCACCCCUGUGAUUGUAAUAGAGUUUGCUGUGUUACGAAAUGUAUGAGUAGCAGGUCUGAAUUAUUUAAAAUAGGUAAUUUAAUUAAUCUUAAUGAUACCGUUAAAAGUAGUCAACCGUGGAAUCAGUUCACAGAACCGUUUAGUAUAGAGCCUAGAAGCGUUUAUAUACCAUACGAUGAAUGUAUGCAAAUCGAUGGACCUUUAGAUUUAAGUUUACACAGAAAAGAAUUCUAAUAGUAAAUAUUGGAAUCGUUUCAACGGACUGAAUUUUUGUAUUGCGUUAUGUCUAAAAUGUGUGUUAAGUAUCAUGGCAAUAAUGAAAUGUGAUAUUUUUUAUUUAUAAUUUGUUUUUAAUAAAAGAUAAUUAAUAUUUUA